AUGUUUUCUUUCUUUCUUUCUUUCUUUUCUUUUCUUUUCUUUCUUCUUUUCUUUCUUUCUUCCUUUUCUUUCUUUUCUUUUCUUUUCUUUCUUUCUUCCUUUUCUUUCUUUCUUUUCUUUUCUUUUCUUUCUUCUUUUCUUUCUUUCUUCCUUUUCUUUCUUUUAUUUAUUUCUUUUCUUUCUUCCUUUCUUUCUUUCUUUCUUUCUUUUCUUUUCAUUUCUUUCUUUCUCUCUUUUCUUUCUUUCUUUCUUUUCUUUCUUUCUUUCUUUCCUUGUUUUCUUUCUUUCUUUGCAUUAUUUCUUUUCUUUCUUUCUUUCUUUCUUUCUUUCUUUCUUCUUUUCUUUUCUUUCUUUCUUUCUUUCUUUCUUUUCUUUUCUUUUUUCUUUCUUUCUUUCUUUCUUUUCUUUUCUUUCUUCCUUUCUUUCUCUCUUUUCUUUCUUUCUUUCUUUUCUUUCUUUCUUUCUUUCUUUCUUUCUUUUCUUUCUUUUUUCUUUCUUCUUUUCUUUUCUUUCUUUCUUUCUUUUCUUUUCUUUUUUCUUUCUUUCUUUCUUUCUUUCUUUUCUUUCUUUUCUUUUCUUUCUUCCUUUAUUUCUCUCUUUUCUUUCUUUCUUUCUUUCUUUCUUUUUUCUUUCCUUUUUUCUUUCUUUCUUUGCAUUAUUUCUUUUCUUUCUUUCUUUCUUUCUUUCUUUCUUUCUUUCUUCUUUUCUUUUCUUUCUUUCUUUCUUUCUUUCUUUUCUUUUCUUUCUUUCUUUCUUUCUUUCUGUUAUAGUGCUUUUAUUGUUUUCUUUCAUUCAUUCUUUCUUUUCUUGUAUUUUAUUCUUUUCUUUUUCCUUCUUUUUCUUCUUUAUUUCUUUCAUUUUUCUUUUCUUUUCUUUCUUUCUUUCUUUCUUUCUUGUUAUAAUGCUUUUAUUAUUUUCUUUCUUUCAUUCUUUCUUUUCUUGUACUUUUAUUAUUUUCUUUUCUCUUUCUUUUUUCUUUCUUUCUGCUAUAAAUUCAAACCUAUCUAUCUAUCUAUCUAUCUAUCUAUCUAUCUAUCUAUCUAUCUAUCUAUCUAUCUCAGUCUCUCUCUCAUUCAUUCUUUCUUUUUAUCUAUCUAUCUAUCUAUCUAUCUAUCUAUCUAUCUAUCUAUCUAUCUCACACCCUUUAUAUGUGUGUCUUUCUCUAUUACGUUUUUUCUCACUUUACAACCCAACCCCCUAUUUCUCUCUCUCUCUCUCUCUCUCUUCCUCUCUUUUUCUAUCGCGCACGCACACAUGCACAUAUAUGGAUGA